AGUUUUUGACAGUCGACUAUCAUUCUGCAUCGGGCAUUUUCUCGCUUACUAUCUAAAAUGGGAUUAACGCUAGGGAGUGCACUAGUGAGAUCUUUGAUCUUCGUUUUUGUAAUCUUGUCUUUUAGCCAUUCCUCUUUUGGACAAGGGGUAAAAGUGCUAUUAAAACAAAGCACAACCCCUACAACUAUCUCGGUAUUUUGGGUCAACGAUGCAGGUACAUCAUGGAGUCACUACACGGUCAAUAUAGCCCCGUCCUCUGGUCUUAGUGUGAAUGGUUAUCCCGUCAACACCACAGAAACGCAGUUCACAUUUAUGGGGCUCCGUCCGAACACAGUGUACACGGUUGCAGUAACACCAUGGGAUACAGGUGUUAAUGGCAGUGGAAUGAUGAAAGAUUUUUCCACAGAGGAGGUACCCGACGGUGAAAUCCUGGUCAGUGACGUCACAUCUGACUCGGCCUUUCUCCAAUGGAAGGACUAUUCGGUUGUUUACUAUUCCCUCGUGAUGUCCCCGAAUGAAGCCGUGAAAACCCUUGGAGGUAUAUUUGAAACUGAAGUUGGGAUUACGAUCUUAAUGCCAGAUACAUUGAUUACUGUCACGUUGGUCGAUGGCGUAUCGCGAGACGUCCUUGCUUCGGCAAAUUUUACCAGUGGUGCUGCAGGGACUACAGGCGAAAGCGACACGGACAUUCCCCCUCCAAAAAGGAACUCGGGCUCCUCCCAAUUCAAUCUAUGGGCGUGUCUCACCUCUCUACUUGUCUCCAUCGCCUCCUUAUUGCUUUGAAACUCUUGAUAUGCAGUUGCUAUGCUGAAAAAAAAUAUGAUGACUGAAGUUUCGGAUGUGAUGAUCGGAUUUUGACAAUGAAAAUGAAGCAAGUUUGCACGAGAAAGAAUCAAUUUCUGAAUUUUGCAUUUAAAUUCGACGAUUAUCUACCAGUCAACAUUCAUGCAGACUGGCUGUUAAACUACUCGGAUUGAUGGGUCUAGAUGACCGCGUCUCAAAAAAGAGUUACGCUUGAUCCGAUCAACCACAACUAUGGAAAGCCAGCAACAUCAACGUAUACAAUGCAUGUUUGUUCAAAAUAUUUUCUAAAUAUACUUGAUAUCAUACAUUCAUGAGUAUCUUAAAAAAUGAAUGUGCUUCUCCUUUUUUAUAUAAAGGACAUAGUACAAGUUUCCAGUAAAAAUAUGAAAUUGAGGGAUUUCCAUACAGUUGAGGUUGUUUUGAUCAAUAGUAACUAUUUGUAAGACGGGACCCGGAUCUUGCAUUCCUCCAACGCCGACACCCCUUUUCUUAUCCAUCCCUCCCCUGAUCGACACCUUCGUAUUCCACUGUUUAUUAGAUAUCUAAUCAAACAUCCAAUAUAAAAAAAAUCAAUUUAACAAAACUUCAAUAACAAAAAACCCCUCUGUUUUAUAGUGAUUAUUAGGACUUCGUCUCAUCUCAUAAAAAAAUAUCACUCUUCAGUCUCAACUUUCAUCGUCUUUUAAAGCCUACGUUUGGAUUUAGUGAGUCACCCCAAUGUGCGUGUCUGUAGUGAAAUUCAUUUCGUUUAAACAUGUUAAAGGUAUGCAUUACCUGAAAAUGGUGUGAGGGAUAAAAGUUAGAAUAUGUGUAAUGUUUAAAUCUACUGAUUUGACAUCAACAUUUAAGUUGUCUGCGUAUGUCUUGCAUAUAGUCCCUUACUCAAGGAAUGGAGUGAAAAUUUCGGCAUUUAUCCUUUCUCUGUAGCUUUCGUAUAUCGAAUUACUAGUAAUUGUUCAAAGGGCUACUUUGAAUAAAAAUAAGAUUAUUGCCGUGAGAGGGCGAUAGACGCCACAUCCACGCUUAAACUUAAUUUGUCCAUGGUGCCGUGGCCGAGUGGUCUAAGGCGCCUGGCUAUACAUGUGAAGUCCGGGGUUCGAUUCCCGGCCGUGGCAUCUUUGCCCGUGAGCAAGGCAUUUAAUCUACAUUGCUCUUUUAUCCUGCUUUCAAAUAAAUGGAAGUGCAUUAUUGAUAACUAGGUGUGCACUUGUUAAAAAACAAUAAAAAAUUAAAACCGAGAGGUGUCAUGGCCGAGUGGUCUACGACGCCUGACUAUACAUGGAAAGUCCCACGGCUUCUAUUCCCGUUAACAAGGCAUUUAAUAGACAAUGCUCUUUUAUCUUGCAUUCAAAUAAAUCAAAAUGCUUUACACAUUCGUUGGUAACUAGAUGUACACUUGUGUCUUAAUAAAAUGAUAAAUUUUGAUAACAAAGCAAUAAAAAAGAGGACGAAACUGCCAAAUUUAUCUGCUAAAAAGAAUAUUCAAUGACGACAACACCUUUGUUAUCUACAGUGUAGAUAAUACUCGAGUCUAAUUCGCAUUUCUGAAACUUUUCUAAAAUUUUAGAAGGCUUGAAUUACCAUUCAACCUCUUAUAUUGUGUUUUUGUUUUGAGAGUGUGUUUAAUAAUGAUAAUAUUCUUUCGUAUUUUGAAUGUAUCUAACCAAAGUGCUUCCGGAUGCAUUAAACUCUUUGUAUGUAUUUCACUUUUUUUCGGAGAUGGCGAUAGUUUAGUGUACCAAAUAUUGAACUAGUAAGCAUAUGCUAUACGUUAGAACUACUGUGAUUGUGAAUAAAUCAUAACGCUAAGGCAGGUUACAUGUAGUAUAAUUUAUUUAUUCAUGGCUUUGAAAUUGCAGAUAUUAAACUAAUUAUUUUGCG